AUAAUUUAAAAUUAUUUUUUAUUUACACUUUUUAUAAUUUAACAAAAAAUCCUGAUAUAUUUUUAUCCCUUCUAAGUGGGUAGAAUUGAAAUAUCUGGUGGUUUAAGGAAAGUUUUAUUGAUGUCUUUGUGGGUGAGGCUGGAAAUUGAUGCGGGUAUGGGUGAGGCUGGAAAUUGAUGCGGGUAUCCACUCCAACACACUGAAGUCAGUAAUAUUGCAAUGGGGGGGGGCUAAAGGACGAGACGAAGAGGAAAAUGGAGAGAAAAUCUUUUACCAUUUGGAGUGAGGAAGUCGUCCAACGUGAUGGUACUGGUCUGCUUGGAAAGCUGUCGCGUACUUGUCCAUAUCUGGGCUUCCGACCUGUCACAGACGUGGCUAUGGCCGAGGGAGCACUCUACCAUGGCCCUGCAAGAUCUGAAACUUUGUCAUUGGGAUCUCUUCUCAUACAUAUUGGAUUGUUUAUCUUCGAUUCUCAGACCAUUUCUGAGUAUUGUGAGUUUACUGAUUCUAUGACGAGUAUUGAAAGGAUUGCAACUCAUUCUGCUACUGCUACGGUUGCCAAAGAAGUGAUAGAACAACCUAAUGUCAACCUUGAAUCCCUAAAACAGGACCCACGAACAGGACAACUUCUUGGAACUGGUCGCAAGGGUACACUACCACAACAAUCUUGUCCUUAUACUUCUGAACAAAAUGGGCGAGCUGAACGCAAACACAGACAAAUCCUUGAUUCUGUUCGUGCUCUGCUCAUUUCAUCUUCUUGUCCAAAGCGAUUUUGGGGUGAGGCUGCUCUUAUAGCUGCUUAUCUUAUUAAUCGCAUUCCAUCAUCAAUUCUUAAUAACCAGUCUUCAUAUGAGCGUCUACAUGUUAUUCUUCCUGCUUAUAAUCUCCUUAAGGUUUUUGGUUGUGCAUGUUUUGUUCUUUUUCCACCUCAUGAACAUAACAAGUUAGAACCUAGAGCUCAAUUAUGCUAUUUUUUGGGUUAUGGGAUUACACAAAAAAGAUAUCGUUGUUGGGAUCAUGCAUCACAAAAACUCCGAGUUUCACGUCAUGUUGUCUUUUGGGAACACACAAUGUUCUCAUCAUUGUCAAACUUCAAAGUGUCAUCCUCUCAUCAACCUCAAUAUUUUACUAAUCCUUCUAUUGAGCUAUUUCCUAGUGAUUCUAAUGCAAGUACAUUUGAUGAGCUCUACAAUGCCUCACCACAUGCUCCAACCAGUUCUAUAGAAGAUGAUCUGCCUACUGGACAUGCAUUAGAUAAUUUUGAGCCUUCUUCUACUUCCACGUCUACAAAUGAGCUUGUUGUCCCAUCCUCGAGUCAUCCUACUUGGCUUACACCUAUGGAUGGCUCUCCACUUUCUGAUCCUACUCGCUAUCGGCAAUUGGUUGGUAGUCUAGUUUAUCUUACUACGACACGCCCUAACAUAGUAUAUCCAGUUCACAUUGUUAGUCAGUUUAUGGCUGCUCCUCGCUCCACUCAUUAUGCAGCAGUACUUGGCAUUAUUCGCUAUGUUAAGGGAACAUUAUUUCAUGGACUCCAUUUUUCUGCCAACUCCUCCCCUGUGCUUCGCGCUUACUCUGACGCUGAUUGGGCCAGUGAUCCUUCUGAUCGUAGAUCUACCACUGGUUACUGUCUUUUCCUUGGUAAUUCUCUCAUCUCUUGGCGGAGUAAGAAACAAGCUAUUCCAUCUCGCUCUAGUACUGAAGCUGAGUAUAGAGCUCUCGGGGACACCACAUUAGAACUUCUUUCAUUACGGUGGCUUCUUGAAGAUAUGGGCAUUCCUCAACCUUCUUCUACUGAUUUAUAUUGUGAUAAUCAAAGUGCUAUGCAAAUUGCUCAUAAUGAUGUCUUUCAUGAACGCACUAAACACAUUGAGGUUGAUUGUCACUUUAUUCGCCAUCAUGUUGCACAAGGAACUGUUCAUUUGGUUUUCAUUGGCUCCGCUGAUCAACCAGCAGAUCUCUUUACCAAGGCUCAUUUUCCUAGACGCUUUCGUACUCUUCUUUCCAAACUUAAGUUGGUUUCAUCACAACCACCUUGAGUUUAAGGGGGGAUGUUAAGAUGUGAACAUAAUUAUAUUUAGAAUUAUUGCAAAUAUUUUAUACUUCAGAAUAUUCUCUUUGUAUACUUUAUACCUUAGAAUAUUCUCUUUGUAAACACCUAUAUAUAGGUCAUUGUACAUACAGUAUAAUUCAAGAAAGCAAUAAACCUUUUUUCAGAAA